UGUGGUCAAAUCUAAGAGCCAAUCAGCUCUCCGUGACGACAGCGAGGCGUUUCCCAUCAUGCACUACAUCCAACUGCGCAUGCGUCGUUCAAAGAUGGAGUCCGAGGAGCCUCCGGUGUCGGUCUCCGUGUCUCCGGGAGAAAAGAUGAGGCUGUUGGUGAAGCAGCGAGUCCACGCGGCCGUUGAAGAGUCUUCUGGGCUGUUGGACACAUUGACAGCAGCUUAUGAGGACACCGUGUCUCCGCUCAGAGAACACGAGCGACACGCAUCAGAUGUCCAGCAGCUGUUGGUGGUUAAAGAAGAGGUUCUUUCUGAGCAGCAGGUCUGGAGCUCCAGUCUGGACCAGGUGCAUCCAGAGCCCCCGCUAGUUAAAGAGGAACAGGAGGACCAGGAGAACCCUGAGCCCCCCCACAUUAAAGAGGAACAGGAGGACCAAGAGAACCCUGAGCCCCCCUACAUUAAAGAGGAACAGGAGGACCAGGAGAACCCAGAGCCCCCCCACAUUAAAGAGGAACAGGAGGACCAGGAGAACCCAGAGCCCCCCCACAUUAAAGAGGAACAGGAGAACCCAGAGCCCCCCCACAUUAAAGAGGAACAGGAGGAACUCUGGACCAGUCAGGAGGGAGAGCAGCUUCAAGGGCUGGAGGAGGUUGGUCUCAAGUUCUCAUUCACUCCUGUGAAGAGUGAAGCUGAAGAGGAAGGUCAGUCCUCUCAGCUUCAUCAAAGACAAACUGAACAGAUGGAAAUAGAAGCUGAUGGAGAUGAUUGUGGAGGACCAGAACCAGCCAGAAAUGCAGAUCCAGAUAGACCUCCAGAUCCUGAUGAAAAGACUGGAGACUCUUCAGAACCAGAUACUGAUGACUCUGUUGAUUGGAAAAAGACCAGAGAACCUCAACCAGGUUUAAACUCUCAGAAUAAUGAUGACAUUUCUGUCAGUGAUUCAAAAUGUAGUUCUAGUGAAAAACUUUUCAGCUGCUCAAUCUGUAAAACAUCUUUUGCGCAGAGCAGUCAUUUAAAAAGACACAUGUUAACUCACACAGGAGAGAAACCUUUCAGCUGCUCAGUCUGUAAAACAUGUUUUAGAGAGAGAGGAACUCUAAAGAGUCACAUGUUAACUCACACAGGAGAGAAACCUUUCAGCUGCUCAGUCUGUAAAAGAUGUUUUACACUGAACAGUCAUUUAAAGAAACACAUGUUAGCUCACACAGGAGAGAAACCUUUCAGCUGCUCAGUCUGUAAAACAUGUUUUAGAGAGAGAGGAACUCUAAAGUGUCACAUGUUAACUCACACAGGAGAGAAACCGUUUAGCUGAUCAGUCUGUAAAAGAUGUUUUACACUGAACAGUCAUUUAAAGAGACACAUGUUAACUCACACAGGAGAGAAACCGUUUAGCUGCUCAGUCUGUAAAACAUGUUUUACACGGAGCAGUGAUUUAAAGAGACACAUGUUAACUCACACAGGAGAGAACCCUUUUUAGUUGUUCUUGUUUUGGUAAAGUUGACAUUUAUUCCACUCCCUCACUUGUCCCUCGUUGAUCACCGUUCUGACUUGGGAUUAAUGGAUGUCAGGAUCAGUUAAACAUGAAUUAAUUAGGCAAACCAAAAGCUGGAGACGGCAAUGAAAAGAUGCUUAGGACGAAGAUGUACUGAGAACGGAGUUAAAUGAAGAAUUUGGGAAUUUCAAUCAGAGAUGAGGCAUAAAGUCCACCUCCUCUCGUCCCACCUGCACUCUGUUUUGUGGUGCAACCAUAAAGUAAUGCUCGAUUCAGAGAAACAAUGGAGUCAAUCUGUAAAGAUGUGGGCACAACAGUCAGAAUAUGUGUUCUCUGACAUAUUUCAUGCCCAUCUGAAUUAUUGUACACAAAUCUAUGUACAGGUUAUUUGUGAAUGUAGAAACAGUGACAAUGAAAAUAUGAUUCCAUGUUUAUGCCAAAAAAAAUAGCCGGACACUGCAGGGAAUCAAACCCCAUCCCAGUAAAGCAGGAGUACCAUUACCAGUGCCUUGUUUUAUUUUUGAGGCUUGUGGGUUAUAUCUUUUCCAUCACUUUUUUUUUAAAGUACUUUUUAUUUUGCAUUUUCCACAAACAGAUUAUUCCUUGACAUCGAAAAAAAAAUAUAUAUAUAUAUAUCUACAACAACAUAAAAUCAGCACAUGUCCAAAUCCAUCUAUAUCCACAUACACACCCGGCAAACAUUCCCACCCAUCCCCUCCCACAUGUUUAUACUUCUACAUCUACCCUCCAAGAGUAGGACCCAAUGAGGAGGGAGGGAAGGACCAAACAAUCAAACUACAUACAACCAAAUGGUAAGCAUUAAAUACAAAGUGAAAUAACUAAAGAAAAGUAAAAGGCAUCAAUGUGAAAAAUAAAAUAAAGAAAUCAACAGAUAUUCAUUUCAUACCCAGAUUUUUCAUAGACCUCUUUGUUUUGCAGUUGCACUCUGUGUGUACAGCCUCAACCCCUCUCAGUUAUAACAUCUACAUCCAAUAUCGACUAGAUAUAACGUCACGUCCAUCUUCUUGUGAAGAUAUCUAAUGUCAUUUGUAGUUUUGCAGUCAUUUUUUCCAUUGUAUGGACCUGUUUUAAUCUCCGUCUACACUGAGUUAUGGUUGGUGGUUUUGCAUCUUUCCAGUUCAGAGUUAUUGUUUUUCUGGCAAUCAUUAAAAGUAUACGUAGAAUAUACCUCAGAUUGGUGUCCCUAAAUCUCUUCACUUCAAUGAUUCUAUUGAUUUCUUUUUAAAUAUUUUUCCAAAAACCUUUGACUACUGGGCAGUCCCAAAAGAUAUGCGUGUGAUCUCCUAUUUUUCCACAUUUUCUCCAGCAUAAUGGAGCUGAAGGAUCCUUCACAUAUGAAGAGAUUACAAGAGGUGUAUUAAAAUAUCUGAUUUUUAGUUUCCAAUCAAAUUCUUUCCAUAAUUGGCUCUUGAUUCCUUGAUGACAUUUAUUGUACAGAGCUUCCCAUGUUGCAUCUUCAAUUAUAACAUUUAUUUCCAACUCUCACUUUUCCUUGAUGUUCAAUGUAUUUUGUGUUCUGUCAGCUGUAAGCCUUCUAUAUAUGUGGGAGACGUGUUUUUAGUUGGAAAGCCGUUUUCUGCUAUCCUAAUAAAAUAGUCUUCCAUUACAUUAGUUUUUUUUUAAACUAACUGUCUGUCUUUAUGGUUUGUAAUGUUGUGUCUCAUUUGAAGGUAUCUAUGCAGGUCCUUUGAUGGAAGUGUAUAUUGUUCUUGCAGCUGAGAAAAUGAUUUGAGUUCUGUUCCAUCAAAUAAUUGAUUGAUGGUUUUAAGACCUUUUACAGCCCACUGUCUAAAUCCACCAUCCCACAUCGAGGGAGGGAAUUCUGUUGCCUACAAGUGGCAUAGCCCUUGAGAGUGAGCUGGGUCCUUCAAGCUUCUUUUUAAGUAUUGUCCAAAUCGUCAGUGUGUGUCUUAUCCAUUUGUUUUUUAAAUUUAUUUUGUUAAAUGAUUUGAUAUCAAUAAAAGGCAAUGUUGAUAUAGAUAUACCCUUA